UGGCGUUAGUGCAGACUUCAGCGACAAGCGGCAAUCAGACGUACAACAUUUUUGGAAUUUAAGGUUUAUGUAAACCUUCAGUUAAGAUUUUUUUUGUUAUUAUUAUUACUAUAUACAGAAUAUCAGGAGCUAAUCUAUUAGUAUUAUGGCAGACCUCCGGUUGUUUAAUGUGGUGAUUCUGGGAAUCGGAUUUAUGCUGAUUUUUACCGCGUUUACAACAUGUGGAAACACUGAACAAACGGUUAUAAAAAGCUUGUCAAACUCCACUUUUCAAGGAAGUGGCUACAACAGUCUAGCUAUUAUAUAUGGGGUGUUUUCAGCCUCUAAUCUAAUAGCCCCCUCCAUUGUGGCUUCUAUUGGACCCAGGUUGUCUAUGAUAUUCAGUGGACUUUUAUAUAGUGGUUAUAUAGCUGUGUUCAUCUCUCCGGCAACAUGGUCCUUUUACUUGACUUCUGUACUGAUUGGAAUAGGAGCUGCUGUGCUAUGGACAGCUCAGGGGAACUUUCUUGUUCUGAACUCAGAUGCAGAUACCAUCAACAGGAACACAGGGCUGUUUUGGGCCCUCCUGCAGUGCAGCAUGCUGUUUGGAAAUCUCUACAUUUAUUUGGAGUGGAAUGAGAUAGCCGCUGUCACAGACACUGACAGAAGGACUCUAUUUAUAAUUCUUCUGGUCCUUUCUCUGUUGGGGACAAUGAGUUUUGUUGUUUUACGAAAGACCGGGGGUCGAGAAGAACCUUUGAAGGAAGAAGAAGAAGACGAUUCCUUGCUUCCGGCCUGUGCUGUGUAUAAAGAAAGAACAGUGCCUACAGUCAGAGGGCUCACCACUGAGUUCAUGACAAUGCUGAAACUGUUUGGCACAAAAACCAUACUGCUCCUCAGUUUCUGUAUGGCGUACAGUGGUCUUGAGCUGACAUUUUACAGCGGAGUUUAUGGAACUUGCAUCGGGGCUACCACACAGUUUGGAGCGGCAGCUAAGGGGUUAAUUGGGCUCUCGGGCAUUUUAGUUGGAAUCGGUGAAAUUGUGGGCGGUGGCCUGUUUGGACUUUUAUGUAAAAACAACCGGUUCAGACGCACAUCUGUGGUUUUCCUGGGCAUGGUGGUGCAUUUCGUAGCCUUUUACCUGAUCUUCCUGAACAUUCCCGAUGACGCGCCCGUGGUCGUGCAGACUGGCACCCAGAGCAAGUCUUACCUCACCCCAAGUGUGCCUGUCGCCUUGUUGUGUAGUUUUUUGCUUGGACUGGGUGACAGCUGCUUUAAUACCCAGCUCUACAGUAUCCUGGGAUGUCUGUAUGCAGAAGAAAGUGCCCCUGCGUUUGCUAUAUUCAAAUUCAUACAGUCUAUAUGUGCUGCAGUGGCCUUUUUAUACAGCAACUAUUUGCUGCUGUCCUGGCAGCUUUUUGUGAUGGGCAUCUUUGGUUUCUCCGGCAGUCUCUGCUUCUUCCUGGUAGAGAAGAUGAACGACUUGCUUCUCGGCUUACCUGAAUAUUAACUCAUCACCUUUAAAACAAACAAAAAAUAAUGUUAAGAUUAAUUUACACAAAAAUGUGCCGAGGGCCAAUGAUUUUGAAUUUUAUGGUACAAGAAUGAGAGAUUUUAUGCAUUUCGGAUUGUGUUUCCUUACGGUUGUGCGCUACAAUGUAAGACAAGGGCCCUUAAUGCCAGUAUUUGUGUAUUACAAAGCAGCGGUUGUGAGAAGAAACCAGGAGUUGUGCAAGUUGCACAGAAAUUGGUGUCGUGUAACUUGCACAGUUUUUAGACCUCAAGGGGAUUGAGGCAUUCUCAUGUCAACCCUUUAGCGACAUUGUGACCGCAUGGUACAUCAAAGGGUUCUUGUGGCUAUUGCUUGAUGUGCAAUAAUACCUAACUCUAAAAGAGUCUGCUAGCUUCAAAUUAGGAUUGAACAUGAGAAUGUCUUUCGUAGGGGAUAUUGAUAUUUUUAAUAUUAUUGAAUCCUCAUAAGCUCAAUAUGCUGUAUGCAUUUGUUGAACUGUAUUUUAAUGUUUUAACUGGACUCGGGGGACCCUCAUUUGGCUAGUGUCAGGUUUAACUCCUGAAGGAGUUCUUUAUAGGAUCAGGGAGAAUGCACCCUUGAUAUAAGACUGACCGAAAAAAAUAGACAUUGUUUGCAAAUUAUUUCAAAGAAAUUCUCUUUUUUUUCACAAUUGCACACUUUGUUCAGGUGCUUAUAAAACAACAAAUAAAAUUAGGAGUCAUUUAUUUGAAAAGUGUAUUUCUAUACAAGCCUAACUUUCAAUAAAUGUUUUAAUGAUAGAAUACUGUCAUUUUUUUUUAAAGGCAAAGGAAAAAAUAAGCCAUAUUUUAUAUUGUUAGUGUAAUCAAAAGAUGGACAUUUCAGGUCUUCAUUGCACCUUUAUUGUAUCUUACAAGAAUGUGUCCUUGUCUCGGUUUACAAUGUACAUGUAUAUUUAUACUACUAAGGCUGCAUUAGGCGAUCAAUAUUAUUUACUUCCCCAUGCAUGUACUUUAUAGAUAAUAAAUCAGUGUAUUAUAUGCGAUUUGUUUGUAAUAAAUACAGGAAAAUGUGUUUGAUGCAGAUAUUUUUACAUGCUGGACUUUAUGAUUAUACUAAAUGUUUUUGUAAUGCAAACAGGUGUUCUGUCUGUAUAUUUUGAAUUUCCACAUGGAAUGUGUUUUGCAUUAGUUUUUUUUAUAAUGCCAGUUUCAUUGGUGUUGCAGAUGGUUUAGUAACUGUUAAACAUAGUUGUUUGAGACUAUAUACGCAAAUGAUAAAACUGGGUUUUAAAUUAAUUAUGUAAGACCAAGCACAUUAUCUUGUUGAGAAAGUGACGCUAAAACAAUGUUGACUCCUUUUUCUUUUUUGUAUACAAUUAUAUAAAAACUCUUAUGGAAGGAAAAUAUAUUUUGUUAAUAUAUUAACAUGCAAUAUAUUAUCAUUUUAGUCAAUCUUUUAUAUUCUUGAAUGUUUAUGAGAUGUUUUUU